AUGGCUUCCUCUGAAACAGACGAUGACCCAAGAUCUGUAAAAAGAGUAGCGGUUGUUGGUGCUGGGGUAAGUGGGCUUGCUGCGGCUUACAAAUUGAAAUCACAUGGUCUGGAUGUCACUGUAUUUGAAGCUGAAGGAAGAGCUGGAGGGAGGUUGAAAAGUGUUUCUCGGAAUGGCCUAAUUUGGGAUGAGGGAGCCAAUACAAUGACUGAAAGUGAAGUUGAGGUUAAAGGUCUGAUUGAUGCUCUUGGACUUGAAGAAAAGCAACAAUUUCCAUUAUCACAGCAUAAACGGUAUAUUGUGAAAAAUGGGGCACCAGUUCUGGUACCCACAAAUCCUGCUGCACUUCUGAAGAGUAAACUAUUGUCUGCACAAUCAAAGAUCCAGGUCAUUUUUGAACCAUUUAUGUGGAAAAGAAGUAACCCCUCUGAUGUGUGUGAUGAAAAUUCUGAGGAAAGUGUUAGAAGCUUCUUUCAACGUCAUUUUGGGAAAGAGGUUGUGGACUAUCUGAUUGAUCCUUUUGUUGGAGGAACUAGUGCAGCAGAUCCUGAAUCUCUUUCUAUGCGCCAUUUUUUCCCAGAGCUGUGGAAUUUGGAGAAAAGGUAUGGUUCCGUUAUUGCUGGGGCAUUGCAAUCUAUGUUAUUUGCCAAAAGGGACAAAACUGGAGAAAAUAAGACCGUGCUAAGAAAAAAUAAACCCAAGCGUGGUUCAUUUUCUUUCCAGGGUGGGAUGCAGACUCUGACAGAUACAUUGUGCAAUGAGCUUGGGAAAGAGAACCUUAAAUUUAAUUCAAAGGUUUUAACAUUAGCUUAUGGUCAUGAUAAAAGUUCCUCAUCACAAAACUGGUCUAUUACUUGUGUUUCUAACCAAAGUACACAAGGUGUUGAUGCAGUAAUCAUGACGGCUCCUCUAUAUAAUGUCAAGGACAUCAAGAUUACAAAAAGGAGAACCCCCUUUCCACUUAAUUUUCUUCCCGAGAUAAGCUACGUGCCAAUCUCAGUCAUGAUUACAACAUUCAAAAAGGAGAAUGUAAAGAGACCUUUGGAGGGUUUUGGAGUUCUUGUUCCUUCUAAAGAGAGACAAAAUGGUUUACGAACACUUGGUACACUUUUUUCCUCUAUGAUGUUUCCAGAUCGUGCACCUAGUGAUUUAUAUCUCUAUACCACUUUCAUUGGCGGAACCCAAAACAGGGAACUGGCUCAAGCUUCAACCGAUGAACUUAAGAAAAUUGUUACUUCUGACCUGAGAAAGUUGUUGGGAGCAGAGGGGGAACCAACAUUUGUUAACCAUUUCUAUUGGAGUAAAGGCUUUCCUUUGUAUGGACGUAACUAUGGAUCAGUUCUUGAAGCAAUUGAUAAGAUGGAAAAAGAUCUUCCUGGAUUUUUCUUUGCAGGUAACUACAAAGGUGGACUCUCAGUUGGCAAAGCAAUUGCCUCAGGCUGCCAAGCAGCUGAUCUUGUAAUAUCCUACCUCAACUCUGCUUCAGACAACACAGUCCCUGACAAGUGA